CAAGUAAAUGUACAACAUUUAAUUCAGUUCAUUGGUUAAUUAUUGGAACCUAGGCAAUGUCAUAUAAAUCACAUGCCCAUGUGUUAUUAUAUAAAUAUUCAUUAACUAAUCGUCCAUAUAUAAAGGAAGGGUUGCUUAGCUUUCUUCACAUUCACGUUUCAUCUGUGGCAUCAGCGAGACGUCCUCCGAAACACACUUUAGUCGCCAAACAUGAAGAUACUCCUUGCUAUUGCAUUAAUGUUGUCAACAGUAAUGUGGGUGUCAACACAACAGCCACAAGCAGUGCACACGUACUGUGGGCGUCACUUGGCUCGCACUCUGGCCGACCUGUGCUGGGAAGCGGGCGUGGACAAGCGCAGCGGUGCUCAGUUCGCGAGCUACGGCUCCGCGUGGCUGAUGCCGUACUCGGAAGGACGCGGCAAACGAGGCAUCGUGGAUGAGUGCUGUCUCAGACCCUGCAGCGUGGACGUGCUUCUGUCGUACUGUUAGACCAUUCCUUUACCGAACUGGUUCGUUCUCAAUACAUUUGGAAAUAAAAAACCGUAAAUAAUAAUAAAAA